AUGGAUGUCUUCGACCCCCAGAUCCAUCUUGCCUACGCACCACCAACCACCAGAUUCACGUUUGAGGACUUGAAGCUGCAACGCAGCGCCACUGCAACGGAAGUUGCAGCUACCGUUCCUUUCCCCAUUUUAACCCCAGAAGGCGUCCGUGCCUACCGUCGCGCAUUGUUCUCUCCCACAGUGUUGGAGAACUGUGUCGCAUCGCCCGGGCCAGGCACCCUGACUGUCCGCAAUGCGGCCGCGUACUCAUCGUUUAUUCAAGACUUUUGGACUCAUCCUGAAACACUCCAGGCAAUAUCGGAUGCCGCAGGGGUAUCGCUGUCGGUGGUCAUGCCCACAGAGAUGGCUCACACGAACAUUCAGACCUCAGGAAGUACCGUUGAAGACAUGGUUGCAGAGCUCAAGGUAGAACCUGACACCACCAAAUUACCACUCACCGACGAAGACAGAACAUAUGAUCCUCUCAAAGCCAAGUCCGUCAUCCCCUGGCACUACGACUCAUACCCUUACGUCUGCGUGAUCAUGCUCAGUGACACCGAGGGAAUGAUCGGUGGCCAAACCUUCAUCAAGCACGGGGACGGCAGUGCUCACGAGGUCGCUGGCCCGUCCAUCGGCUACGGCGUGAUCCUUCAAGGCGGAGAAGUUCAACACUUGGCGGCCCGCGCACGGGGAGUCAAAGAGCGCAUCUCAACGAUAACCUCGUUCACAGCCAACGUCCCGGGUCUCUAUGAUUCAAGCUACAUCACCAACAUCCGAACCUAUGCCGAACGAGAGGUCCUCUAUAAACAAUGGACACAGUACCGGCUGGCCAAGAUGAAACGGGAGAUCGAACAAUUGCAACACGAGCUCGGUGAAACCGUCGGAUCGAUCGAUGUGGCUCAAAUUCAGCAUUUCGCCCAGGCGCAAAUCGACUACCUCAAGCGCACGACCCGCCAGUUGAUAUCCGAUGACGAGGUCGCCGCUGCACUGAAAAAAUAUGGCAGGCCCACAAUCUAUGGUGCGCCAAAGAUGUUGGAGCAGGCGGAAACGCUGCCCGAAUUUGCGGACUGCGUCGCAUCUGUCACGCCGCGGGAGUGGCUUCCCCACAGUCCUCUCUGGGCUGAUCUGGCUGAAAGUCGCAUUGCCGUCAAUGCCGGACGGACCUUGGAGUCACAGCGAGGCAGGUUCAUGUGGGCCAAAGAACGACCGUACACGAUGGGCGAUGAAUUGUUGAGACAGGGCUUACCUGAGUUGUUGAUUGCCUGGUUGGAUGCGACGGGCCUGUACGCGCUUUUGCAGGCUCCAGCUCAACCCGUGAAUGCAUGA